AUGGAAGUCUACCGAUCCUUGCGACCUUGCCCCUCUGGAUUCUUACCGACCCUGACCACCAUGAGAGACAGCUACAAAGGCUUCACUGCCACGCAGCUUCAGCCACAGCACGUCAGCUUCGACCUAACGGGAAGCGGGAAGUCCAAACCCAGGCUGGUCUCUGUUCAGCGGAAAUCCACGGAGCCGUUCGAGACCCAUUGGGGAGGGGAACAGCUCAUUAGGAUGCCGCCUCUCAAACCGACCCCGGUGGCCAUGUGUCAGAUCACCCGGGAAGAUUGGCUGGGCGCCAACAACGUAAACUACCGGCGCUUGGAGAGCAGCAGGCGACACGCGGAAAGCUUUUGGCGCGAGACCUCCCGGUUGAUCCAGAGUAAAGAGCAGCUGACUCGGCGAACGCAGUCUGACAGCUCCCGGUGGAUCGGUGAACGGAUAACGGAAAUCUCGUUCUGGCGGAGCGAGCUGGGGUUCGAGCUCGAGCAGCUUCUCCGCGACACCGAGAGGCUACGUCAGGUCAAAUUUCGGUUGGACAGGGCCUUAAAGGAGACCGACGGCCCAUUGCAGAUGUCGCAGGAGUGCCAGUUCCAGUGUCAGAAACUUAACGACGGAGUCAUCGAUGUAGUGGAGAAAGAACUGGUGCAGGAGGUAACAGUGAUCAGGUCUUCUCAGGAACAGUUGGAGAGGAUCAGAGAUAAAGUCCAGAAACAGCUGGAGUCCAACAGGAGAGUGCAACACCAGUUGGAAAAAGACAUGGAUGAUAAACACAGAGCUCUCCAGAUCGACAGCCACUGUCACACACUGACCAACUGUUCGCCUGCUACCAACUAUUACCCUGACCUCAGCCUCCUGGAUACCAGUGUCUCAGUGCCGGUGUCGUGGGUGCAGUAUUCGGAGGACAACAUCGGGAAUUCGGCGUCGGAGCGGCGAGCCACCCGGGACGUAACGGAGCUGGUGGAAGGAACCCUGGUUGCCACGGCGAGAGACAUGUGGUCUCAGUACAGCCGUGUCAACGCCGCCUUCACACUCCGUGUCAACCAGAACACACACGCUAAGAACACGCUACAGCAGCACCUGGCCAAGACCUUGCAGGAGAUGCACCAGACGGAGCGUACCAUCUCAGAUUUGGAGGUGUCCAUCUGGGCGAAGAGAGCUCCCCUCAGAGUGGCUCAGUCCAGGCUGGAGGAACGCACCCAUAGACCUAACAUGGAGCUCUGCAGGGACCACCCACAGACCAGGUUGCUGUCUGAGGUGUCUGGUCUCCAGGACACAGUUUUAUCUCUAAGACAGAGGUUGUCUGAAGCCCAGGCUACCCUGCAGCAGCUGGCUGACUGUAAGAGUGUUUUAGAACAGGAGCUCUACACUAAGGCCCUCUCCCUCUUUAUCGACCAGGAGAGAUGUCUAGGACUCCGCAAGACAUACCCCUCCACCCCUAGACUGGUGGGAUACACGUAG